AUGAACAUCAGGGAAAAAACGAAAAUCCUUGAAAGAAAAGCGGAACAACUGGAAAAUGAAUUAGGCAGUCUCCAAGCCGUUCUAGACGUUCGAAAGCAAGAGAGAGAAGUGCAGGUAGAUGGUGUAUGGCAGUCUGGUAAAAGUGGAUCUAUGAUAAAUUAUGCAAAGAACAUUAAGUCUAAUGACGUCACGCUAGAUCCAAAAAAAAUGAAGAGGCAAGUUUCUUUUAAAGACAUCAUGUGUGGUCAGUGCGAUGGGAAGACUGCUGAUGUGACGUGCAUCGAAUGUGGUGAGGAUUACUGUGCCACUUGCUUCAUAACGUUCCAUAUGAGGGGUGCCUUGAAGAAACAUAGGUCUAGGCCUUUUAGGGUUGAACAGCAAAGAACGCCGAGACACGAUGUUAUGUCUAGAACAAAUUUGCCUCCACUAUACAACAACAACAACAACAACAUCAGCAGCAGCAACAACAACAACAACAAUAAUAAUAAUAAUAAUAAUAAUAACUUCGGGUCGUCAUCAUCAUCAUCGUCGUUGCUGAAUGGACAUUUUGACGAGGUCGAGAGCGCGCAAUCGUUUCAAAGAGCCCUGCUGGAGUGGAGAGGUGAAAGCCAAAAACCAGAUGACGUAUCCGAGGCAAAGAACUUUCACACACAACAUCAUCAACAGCAGCAACAACAGCAGCAGCAGCAGAAGCAGCGUUAUCAACCACAACACCAACUCAGCGCGACCCGUAGCUGUGUUUCAGUCGAAGAAGUUGGCACUUCAACUGCUACAUCAUCAUCAGAAUCGUCCCUUAAGACAAAAUCGGCAAUCGAACAGAGAAUCAUUUUUAACAGCAACAAAAACAACAACAACGUCAACGACAACAUGUCCUAUGUGGAUCGCUUGUUGUUGAAAACUCUUCGUAGAACGAGCUUAACAGCCACUGGCUCACAUUCAGCGCCCGAUCUUAACAAAGAAAAACCUUCAUCCCGCCACAAACAACAACACCAACAUCAACAACACCAGCAUCAACAACAACAACAUCAACAAAAAAACAUCACAUCACGUGAUCACAAUGACGAUAACAAAAAUGAUAAUGACGAUUAUUGUGGUGGCUUUAGCAGCAAAAGGAAUGAUGGUGAAAGAUGUGAGGCUGACGACGAUGAUGAAUGUGAAGACGAGCUAGCCAGAUUCGGUUCGAGACUGUCUAACAUAUUAAUUAAUGACGCUCUGGAGUUCACCAACAAAGGUUAUAAAGCUACUAACAAAAAUAACAACAACAACAACAACAAAAUUUCUUAUGACGUGUACAACAACGACAACAACGACGACGACAACAACAACACCAGGCCGAGUUCCGUCAUAAUAGAAGAGAUAACAACAGAAUAUAACAACAACAACAACAACAACAACACUAAGAACAAUAAGAAUAAGAAUGAAUUUGUGGUAGCUGGGGAGAAACAUGAGCAAUAUAUUGUAGAGGAGCCUGCUGAAAAUUUAACAUUUGACGAAAGAAAAACCAAAUCUGCGUACGAUACAUUCAAAAGCCCGCGAUUGGCUGGCGACCAAAGUUCAAGGCCGCUAACAACAAAAGACAAGAAACAUUUGAAGGAGGAGUUAGCCAAUCAGGAUGCUUGCAAUGACAGGGGCAAAACUAGAAUUUUUUUCUCUAGAAUUGUUCCAAGGGAAGCAUUCAUGGACGCGGCUGUGGACGCUUUCGAGUUGCAGUUGAAUAAGUUGAGCCGCAACAACAGCAACUACAGCAACUUCAACAAAUUUAUUUACAACAGCAACAUCAUCAACAACAACAACAAUAAUAAUAAUAAUAACAACAUGAACUCCGAUAAAAAUAAUAGUAAUAAUAAUAACACUGGCAGAAAAAUUUCCGACAAUGGAAAUAUGAGCAGUACUGGCAGAAAUGUUAAUAACGAAAAAUUGAAAUUGGCGGGAGAAUGGAAUACGUCACGUGAAAUUAAUAAUAAUAAUAAUAAUAAAAAUAACAACCCCUUUGUUGUUGAUGAUGAUGACGACGACGACAAAGAUGGCAAAAAUGAAGGUCACCUGACCAAAAGAACCACGCAUCGUUUGAAAGAAGUAGCUGCCUUAGCGACAGCUGACGACGACGACAUCAACAACAACAAUAAUAAUAACAACAACAGUAAUAGCAAUGGUAAUAAUAAAAAUAAUAAAAACACAUACAUCGAUGACGUCACGACUACUUCUAGGAUUACUAACCUCAUUGGUGGUGGUAAUAAUGUUAAAGAGGCUAGGUUGAGCGCGCGAAUUCAAGAUGAUGGUCUUUAUGCUGCGAACGAGAGCAUGAGCUUUCGAGAACUUUGUCAAUCAACCAGUAAAUUGUGGGACAUGAACGCCAGUAUUGUAAAGAAGAAGAACAAUAAUAACAAUAAUGAUGAUGAUGAUGAUGAUGUUGAUGACGUCAACAAUGAUGAUGAUGAUGAUGAUGGUGAUAAUAAUGGUAAUUAUCCUGAUGAUGACCACGGCAAACUUGAGAAUAAUAUCAAUAAUAAUAACAACACUGAUGAUAAUAGAUACAAAGAAGAAGAUGAUGACGACGACAACAACAAUGAUGAUGAUGAUGGGAGUGAUGAUGGCAAUGAUAAAGAUGUGGAUCGUACGCCGAAGGCCUCAAGCGAAAAUUCUAGAGGCUGGAAAAAUUCGGUUGAACCAAUUUGCGCGCCAUUGUACGGCGAAAUUUACUCUAACCCCUGCGACAUAGAUGGCGGUGACGAUGACGUCAUCGCCAGCAACAACGGCAACAUAAACAAAAAUAAAAACAACAACGACGGCAGCAGUAGUAGUGGCAGCCACCACAACAGCAGCAGCAGCAACAACAACAACAAUAAGCACGACAUCAACUACUUGAAUAGCAUUUACAACAAUAUCAGCGUCGAAAAUUUUGUUAUAAAAAAUAACAACACUAAAACCAAACCGCCAUCAUCAUCAGCACUUCUGUCGUCAUCGCCAUCAUCAUUAUCGUCAUCAUCCUUGAUGAAAACAAUGCAUUCCGCCGGCUCUCAAUAUUUAGCUGCUACUAAUGCUACUUUCGCAGCCACCGCGUCCACAAACAUGAAGAACAAAUUGGCCAACCCUUCAAUGACUUCAUCAUUGAAUUCUCUUAAAAAGCCGUCAUCAUCAACAACAACAGCAACAACGACAAAAAAGAUUUUGAAAAAAAUGUCGUCAUCGUCGUCGUUAUCGUCAUCUGUGGCCAGUGCGUCAAAUAGCAGCUCACAAGCGUCGAGAUUUAACGAGGUGAGAAACAACAGAAACAACAACAAAACUAGCAAACUCAGAAUGGGCGGCAACAGCAGCAACAACAACAACAGCAACAACAACAACAGCAGCAACAACAACAACAACAGCAACAAUGCGGAUCCACUGUUUAUCGCAGGUACGAGUGUUACGUUGGUCAACGCGAAGGUCAACAGAAGUUCAUCUAGCACGAGCUCCAUUAGUGAUAGGAUGGUAGAUAGUAACAACAGCAGCAGCAACAACAACAGCAGCAACAACAGCAAUUUCAACUAUAACAUCAGCAGAAAUAUCAACAACAACAUAUACAAUAAUAUGGAUAUCAACCAGAUAAACCUUAAUAAGCAAAUCAACGCGCGCAACAACGACAAGAGUAGUUACAGAAGCUUGAGAAGCGGCAACAAAAGCAGCAUCAACGUCAACAACAACAACAACAGCAACAACAACACAACUCGUACAGUAGGACUGAUCUCAUGUCGCAAGAAUGAUGAAGAUGAAGAUGAUGAGAUAAGAAGGACGUCAGGCUGUCAUAGCAACCGAUGCAAAAGAUGUGACGAUGAUGAUGAUGAAGAUGAUGGUGGUGAUAGGCAUGGGGGUGGUGAUGAUGGGCAUGGUGAUGAUUGGAGUAAUAAAGGUAAUGACGUGAUGGAACUUAACCAUAACCAGACAUCAGAUUACCGAAAACCCCAUUUAAAAGGUGGGAAAAUUAAGGCCAGCGGCCCGCAUGCUGCCCUCGAAGCUAUUUUAUGCGGCCAGCGAUGCCCAACUUUGCACUAUGAUGAUAGUAAUUAUUAA